AUGAAGGUCGCAUCUUGGGUAGCAACGACGUUGCUGGCAAGCGCCUCGCUUGUCGUCGCGCAUGGCGAACCUGAUCUGAAGCAUGAACAUGCAGGAGAUGUCUUCCACUAUUUCCGUGGCGGACAGUGCUACGACGAAGGUGUUAUCAACAAUGGCACUCCGGUAGGGAUGACAGAGCAAAUCAAUGGAGAUAUCUUCGGCAAUGCGUUGGUCAACAACAGGCUACUGGCCGAUAGUCUGGCAAGAGCUGGAUACUUUGUGGUCAUGCCUGACUUGUUUAGAGGCGACCCAGUACCAGCAGAUGCUCUCAGCGGAGGAUCUCCAGGCUUCAAUAUCACUACUUGGCGUGCCCGACACCCUCAGUCACAAAUUGAGGAAGUGAUUCAGUCUGCCAUAAGCACUACUCGUGGUCAAUUUGGUGCUUCGCGAGUUGGUGCUGUGGGUUACUGUUUCGGCGGUAAAUAUGUUGCUCGCUUCUUGGCUCCUGGCAGAGGACUCGAUGCAGGAUUCACAGCCCAUCCAUCCGCGACUACCGCCGAUGAAUGGAGGGCUAUCGCAGGACCGAUCAGCAUCGCUUUUGGGGAUCUUGAUAACUCGAAUACCGCCGACAAUAGGACAAACAUUGAGUCGAUCUUCCAGGGUGGCAACAAGACCUACCAGACCACCUUAUAUGCUAAUGCCGAGCAUGGGUUUGCUGUACGAACAAAUCUGACGGAUCGAAAGAAGGCUUUCGCGCAAGAGAGUGCAUAUUUCCAGGCUGUAAGGUGGUUUGAUGCUUGGAUGAAGGAUCAGAUCUAA